AUGGAGGUAUAUAUUGAUGAUGUGAUCAUUAAGUCCACCGACUUCGAUUCAUAUUUGGUUGAUUUAAAAAAUCCUUUUAUUCGGAUGAAGCAGUACAACCUGAAAAUGAACCCAACGAAAUGUGCCUUUGGAGUUUCGGCGGGGAAUUUCUUGAGGUUUUUAGUACAUGAAAAAGGAAUAGAGAUUGACGCGAACAAAGCCAAAACGGUUCUAACAAUGCGGUCGCCUCAGUCAGUCAAAGAAGUACAAAGUUUUUUGGGAAAUGUGAAUUACCUAAGGCGUUUUAUAUCAAACGCCGCAGGGAAAUUAAAACCUAUCACGAAAUUAUUACGGAAUAAGGCCACCGAUUUUUCUUGGGGUCGGGACCAACAGAAGGCAUUGGAGGAAAUCAAGAAGGCAUUGGUUAACCCGCCUGUGUUGGUUCCUCCUAGAGGCGACCGACCUCUUCGGUUAUAUUUGGCGAACAGCUUUGAUGUGGUAAGCAGUCUCUUGGUACAAGAAUGGGAAGAUGGUAAGGAAAGAGCCAUUUAUUAUUUAAGCAAAACUUUAGCAGGACCGGAGUUGAAUUACAGUAUGCCCGAAAAAAUGUGUUAUUCUUUAGUCUUCGCCAGCACUCGGUUGGAACAUUAUAUUCUGCCAAGAGAAACCGAAGUGGUUUCUCAAAUGGAUUUGGUCAGACUAAUGUUGCACAGACCGACCAUGCAAGGUAGAUUAAUGAAAUGGGCUAUUAAGCUGGCUCCUUUUGCACUACGCCACCGACCUCUCAAGGCUGUAAAAGGGCAAGUUGUGGCUGAUUUGUUGGCUGAGUUUACAAGCGUUGGAUCAUCAGAGAACAAAAUAAUGCCAUAUAUUGGCACCAGUCCUUGGAAAAUGUUUUUUGAUGGUUCCCGUUCGAAAGGAAAGUCGGGAGCGGGAGUGAUACUAGAAGGACCAAGAGGCAGAAAAAUUAAUUUGCAGCUUCAAAUGGAAGAUAUGACACAUAAUUCUACAGAAUAUGAAGCACUGAUUUUGGGUCUGGAAGCACUUAUCGCUAAGGGAGUGCAGUCUGUUCUAAUCUAUGGGGAUUCUCAACUUGUUAUCAACCAAGUGUUGAAACGGUACGCGUGUAAUUUUCCCCAUUUGCGUAGAUACCGAGAUGUAGUGCUACACUUGUUAUAUAGAACCGGGGAAGUAGUUUUUGAGCAUGUACCAAGAACGGAGAAUCAGUUGGCUGAUAAUCUGGCUCAGAGUGCUUGUCAGCAGUUGAUUGGCAGUCUCGAUUCUGGGACUGAUUGGAGAACAGAGAUUAUGGUAUAUCUGGAAUCUCCAAAUUCUACUGCUCCUGUUCGUGUUCGCUUAAAGGCUUUGCGUUUUCAGCUUAUUGAUUGGAUUUUAUAUAAAAGAACCUUUGAAGGGGUUUUGUUGAGGUGUUUGGGACCUGAGGAAUUUAGUAAAAUAAUGGAGGAGGUCAAUGAAGGAAUAUGUUGUGCACAUCGGGCAGGUUUAAAUAUGCGAUGGGCCAUUCAUCGUAUGGGAUUCUAUUGGCCGAAGAUUUUUGAUGAUUGUAUCAGAUUUGCCAAGGGAUUUCAAGAGUGCCAGAAGCAUGGUCCUUUACAUCAUCUGCCAAGAGUGGAUUUGCAGACAAUGGUUAAACCUUGGCCAUUCAAAGCUUGGGCGUUGGAUGUAAUUGGAAAAAUUCAUCCGGCCUCGUCGAAACAACAUUCUUUUAUUUUGGUGGCGACUGAUUAUUUUACCAAAUGGGUAGAAGCAGUUCAUUUGAAGAAUGCGACACAGAAAGAAGUGAUCGAAUUUGUACUCAAUCAUAUCAUCUAUCGAUUUGGAAUUCCUCACACUCUCACAACCGAUCAAGGGUUGAUGUUUACUGGGGAAAUGUUUAUGAGUUUUUGGCCGAAUACAAUGUCAAAUUACACCAUUCUUCACCGUAUUAUCCCCAGGCAAAUGGAUUGGCCGAAGCAGCAAAUAAAAUCAUUAUUGGCAUUAUCCGAAAGUUGGUGGAGGAGAAUCCAAGGAAAUGGCAUACUCUGCUAUCUCAGGCAUUGUGGGCUUAUCAAAAUAGUAGAAGUACUUCUACUGGAUUCUCCCCAUACCAAUUAA